CUUUUAUUUGUAAUCGAUGUCUGAUGUCGGAGAACAUCUAUGAAGGGAAGGUAUUGGUGGAUGCCGGAACUCAGACAGAUACCAACCUUCUGAAUCCGCCCCAGAAAUCGCAGCAGGCUCCCGUCCUUCCGAUGACGCAGGCUGUACUCAUGUUAUCCGUUCCUUUACAGUCCUACUGCGCGCCGCAGAUCACGCCCAUCAUCAAGCAGCCUACCCACGCCUUGGGAAGCCUUGCAGCCGUUGGCUACAACACUCAGGACCUUCUGAAGAGUUUCAACUUUCACAAUGCUCUUCCCGCCACGAGCAGUCAGAGUUUUCCAUAUCCUCCGAUGGAAGCGGGCGGCCUGCCGGUCUCUAUGUCCUCCGACCAUAAUGAAGACUACAACCUCGUGGAAGAGCUCCAUCCAGAUUCUGAAGAAAGCGACACCCUAGAGAAGAUUGUCCGAGGUCGGAGGCUGUUGGUGUUUGAAGACUCUUUGGACUCUCUGGUGUACAUGGUGAAGUGUCGGCAUUCUUCGGGCUGCGCUAAAGUGGUGAAAAGCUUUAACAAGGAGUAUAGAGGCUCCACCGUCAUCAUUCGAGGUCAAUGCGAGGACGGACAUUUCUUUAAGAUUUGGGAAAGUCAACCAAGGGUGAAAAGGUUCUUUGCUGGAAACGUUCCUCAUGGCAGCCUCCUUGUUUGUAGUGGCCUCCAGAUAUCGGGAAGCCAUGACCUCUUCGACAAUUUGGGCUUGAGGCACAUUUCGGAAAGAAAAUAUCGUUACUACCAAAAAUACUACUGCUAUCCUGCAAUCCAUGCCGCUUGGGAGGAAGAACAUAAAAAGUCACCCAAGAACUUCAAGACAGUCCGGUGUCAUUGGCUGGUGCCAGUCAGUAUGGCGCACUAGGACGUAAUGCUGGCAUUGUAUCUACACUCUCACGGACGCCAUCACAGGCAAAAUUGUAGACUUUGAAAUUGUUGGAGAUACUCCAGGCCAUUCCUUGGUGGAUCUAGAGAAACGCGGCUUUCAAGUAUGCAUGUCCCGCGCUAUCGUAGGAGGACUGGAUGUGGCUUGUUUUUCCUCCGACAGAAGUACGAAUAUUGUAGAAUCCAUGAAGGAAAAUCAUCCCGAGGUCGUUCACCAAUUCGAUGUGUGGCAGUACGCCAAGAAGAUAUCGAAGAGGCUAAAGGCUGCUAGCCGAUCGAGGUUCUGUGCAAACAUCAGGUCCUGGAUCAGGACAAUUCAUGAGCAUUUUGUGUGGUCAGUCCAGACAUCUGAAAACCGCGAGGAUCUACUCAGAGAAAAAUGGCUCUCGCUGAUCCACCACAUCGCUAACAAUCACUCGUGGGAAGAGGGACGUCUCUAUAAACAAUGUGAACACGAAGAUCUGUCCCAGAAGACUUUGAGAGAAACUCUGUGGCUGAAACCUGGAAGCCCAUCAUUUCAGAAAGUACAAGAAAUAGUGACUGACCCCCCAACUCAUUGAAGAUCUGAGCCAUCUGACCUGGAACUGCCAGUCUGGGAUUCCCGCCAUGCUUCACAGUAAUGUUCUGAAAUUCAGCACCAGUUCUGGACUCAAUGAACUGGAAGCCAGGGUGAAACUUGCAGCUCUCUACCACAACCAGAAUGUUGGACAAAGGAGGACAGAUGGGAAAGUUCUCAGCAGAAAACGCACAUGGGACGAUACAGCCAGAAGGAAAUGCAUGGCCACCAAAAGGAAAAAUAGACAGCUUGUCCAUACAGACCCCAUGAGCUCCCGUUAUCUCUGGACGGUUAUGGAGGGGGUUCUGGGAAUGUGUGAGGGCACAAGAACGACCUCCUAUAUAUCUAAAGACCUUUCUAUAACGCCUCGUGUUUCAGUGACUGAAAGGCCAACCAAGGCCGUUGGCAAACACAUUUCUAGGUUGGGUUUCAAAAAAAGAAAGCGUGAGAAUUAAAGUGAACCUGUCAUGUUCUCAUCAACUUUGUAACUUACUCUAUAGUAUGAGAACAAAAACCUCAUUCAGUACUUGUGACGAACCAGGACUAGGUCCGCCAUCAAUGCUUCCAAGAACCAGCACUAUCCAACACUCACCAGCCCCCCCCAGUCACCAGCCGUACUUCAGUGUAGGGUAAAAACCAGCAAACUCCUUUAUUCAAGCACUUGUUU